AUGCGCGCUAUGGUGAUGCACACUUUGCUGUUGCUGGGCAUCGCCUGGGCUCUGCGUGAAACGCAGGCAUCUCGAGCGGAGGUGGAGAUGUUUGAACGGGGCAAGAAAUUCAAAUUGCCACGGAAGUGCGACGGGUGGAAGUUUGACUCCUCCAAAUGCUGUUCCUGCGGUCCUCGAAAUGGUCAACGAGUAGACCAAGAGCUGGAAGCGGUGAUCGACACUUGCGAAGUGGAGAAGAAGGGCGUGGUGGAAGGUGCACCUUGUUGUCCCGUUUGGGCCACGGAUUGCAAGGAAGACGAACCUGAGUUUAAGCUUGGGCUGAAGCGCGACUGUGUGGUGACCAAGGCAGAUUGUUAUGAGGCACAGUGUCAUGACGCCAAAGAAACCCUGGACUCGACGCUCCGUGCAUUGGAGAUUCUGAAGCGGGAGAAACCCAAGGGGAAGACCUACCAAGAGGAGGGCCAUGUCACCGGGAAGAGCUCCAGUGGGGUCGGUUGCUCCUGCGGCUGUGGCGACAUCGCGGACCCAAAGAAAAUGACCUGCGAAAUCCUGGAAAAGACGGUCUUCUGCAAAAAGCCGAAGAAGUGUUGUAGCAACUUGAAGGACUGCAGCCCGUCAGAUCCAUGGCCAAAGGCCGUUGCAGAUCGGUCGAAAGAAGUGAAACUGGCCCGCAGUGACCACAGCGAAAAGGUGAAGCAGCUCGAGACCGAGGACAUCGAUGGGUGGAAGAUCUAA